AUGAGCCAAAAGAACAACCAACCGAACGUGUCCGAAGAAGCAACUGAAGGAGAAGUUUCGCUAUCGGAUAUGAUGCGGCAAAUGGCACAGCAAAACAGCCAGCUGCUGAUUCUUCUGGAACAUUUCACCGGAAACCAGCAAGAAGCACCACUCCAGCGAAGCGAUCCAGAAAAAAAUCUGGAAUCGCUUGCGUCAAAUGUGAAGGAAUUUCACUUCGACCCGGAAAAUGGACUGACGUUUGACCGUUGGUUUUCGAAGUACGAGGACCUAUUCAGGCAGGAUGGCAGAGAUUUGGACGAUGCUGCAAAAGUGAGACUGCUGCUGCGUAGCCUUAGUGUGCCAGUGCAUGAAAAUUUUUUGAAUUACCUCCUGCCAUCCCACCCACGCGAUUUCAAUUUCGACGACGUUGUGGACAAGCUGAAGCAAAUUUCCGGUCAGCAAAAAUCCCUGUUCAGCAAGCGCUAUGACUGUCUCAAGCUGGAGAAGAAUGAAACCGACGAUUUCGUUUCGUAUGUCGGAAUCGUCAACCGGCAGUGUGAAGAUUUUGAAUUACAGAAGCUAACUGUUAAUCAAUUCAAGAGUUUAAUUUUCAUCUGCGGUCUCAAAUCAGCGAAAGACGCCGACGUCAGGACACCGCUCCUAGCAAAGCUCGAAUCAGACCAAGUUGACACCAUCAACCUGGAAUGCGGAAAAAUAGGCCACAAAGAAGGCUAUUGUGGACAUUGUGGUUGCUUCGCAACACCAUCAAGCUCGAAGUCCGUUGGGGACAAGAAGAAGAAGAAAUCUUGCUCUACAAAGGUCAUUCAAACAGUGCAGCAGGUCAAUAGCCGCAGGAAGUACAUAUCCGUCAUUUUCAACAAGACUGUGGCAAAGUUGCAACUGGAUUGCGGUUCCGACAUCACCGUUAUAAGCCAUACAACGUGGAAAACGAUCGGAUCCCCUUCAUUCUCAACGACAAGCGUGGAAGCAUCUACGGCAUCUGGGGAGCCCCUCGAAUUGGUAGGCGAGUUCAUUAGUCCGAUAACUAUCGGCCACGUCACGAAAACAACGAUCUGUUACAUCACUUCGGUCGAGAACUUGAACGUCAUCGGGUUGGACUGGAUGGACGCCUUCGAUCUUUGGUCGAAACCGCUUGCUGCCUACUGCAAACAGGUGAAUCAAUCCAAUUUAUUGCCUUUGUCUGAAAAACACUUCUUCACUCAGUAUACCGAAGUUUUUCAGGACAGCUUGGGCCAUUGCACGAAAACCAAAAUAUCCUUGACCCUCAAACAGGAUGUGCAGCCCGUUCCGUUUCACGCUAUUCAAAAAGUUGAUGAAGAAUUGGAUCGACUGCAACGGUUGAACAUCAUAUCACCUGUGGAUUUUUCUGACUGGGCAGCACCCAUCGUUGUUGUAAAAAAACCCGGCGGAAAAGUGCGGCUGUGUGCGGAUUACUCCACUGGGCUUAAUGCGGCACUCGAAACCAACAACUUUCCUCUCCCAACGCCUGAGGAAAUUUUCAGUAAGGUAUCCGGCAGUAAAAUCUUCAGCAUCAUCGAUCUGUCGGAUGCCUAUCUACAGGUGGAAGUCGAUGACAAGUCCAAGAAGUUAUUGACAAUCAUGGUUUCGUGGUUUACCCAUCGUGGUUUAUUCCAUUUCAAUCGAUUAGCUCGAGGAGUCAAGUCAGCUCCGGGCAUUUUCCAGCAGCUGAAGUCGAAAAUGGUUUCCGGCAUACGCGGCGUUAAGUGUUUCUCGACGAUAUUCUGGUGCAUAGCAAGACACUAG